UCGACCUCAUCUUAACCUCUCAUGCCGCGAAACCUGGCUACCCCACCACAGAAGAGGCGAAGACUCGACACCGGCGCAUCCUAUGUAGCAUCCUCCAGACCGCAAACGUUCUCUUUCCCCAGCACCCAAAUUUCCGCAGGCAUCCGCAACGUAUGCGGCUCGUGCCGUCGAGCCAAUCUGGGUCAAGCCGCUCUCCCUUCGUGCUCAAGGUGCACGCAGCCGACGUGCAGCGUCUGCUCGCGGACAUGCACGAUACGCGUGGCGAGCGUGCCACCGACGCCGCCACUGAGCUACACUCCCACUCCCACCCCGUCCCCGAGACACAAUGGCCUCAUCCUCGCACCGAGCACGAACUUACCACUAGAUAAACCGAGCAAUCCCCUCGCGACUCAUGGCAAGCGCAAGAAGCCGUUUGAGCCUGAGAACGAGGACAAAGAGUUUCUGCAGGCUGGCAAAGCCCUGGACGGAUUCGCCCCCGGAUGCGGGCACCUUGUUUGUCGGAGCUGCUGCCUGGAGCUAGAGGAGGGGGUGGCGUGCCGCGACUGCGAUGAACUUGCUAAGCGCGCACCGAACUAUCUUUUCUAGACCUCACAACCAUAAUUCUCAUCCAAACUACACUUACCCUGCUCCAUCCUACAUCCAACCUCGCCACUGUAUCCAUAUGUCCGCCUCCUGCGAAAUUUACUGCUUUGAACAAC